AUGAAUGUGCUUUCUAAUAUUCUCAAUAACGCUGCUUCCAGAGGGAUUUUUUCAUUCCAUCCAAAAUGCAAGAAAAUAGAACUCACCCACUUGUCAUUUGCUGAUGACUUAUUAAUUUUCUGCAAAGGAAACCUUCAUUCUGUUUUGGGUGUCAUUUCUGUUUUGGACUGUUUUUAUAAAUAUUCAGGGUUGAAGCUCAACGCAGGUAAAUGUGAGAUCUUCACUGCUGGUGUUUCGGCUCAUAAUCUUGACUCUAUCAUCAGCUAUACUGGUUUCAAACAAGGUAGGCUGCCUGUUAGAUACCUGGGGGUACCUCUUGUCACCAGAAAGCUUACCGAUAAAGAUUGCCAAGCUCUGCUAGACAACAUCAAGAGCAGACUUCACCAAUGGUCUAAGAAGAAAUUGAGUUAUGCAGGAAGGGCUGAGCUUAUUAAGACGGUUCUCUACAGCAUUGCUAAUUAUUGGUGUAGACAACUAGUUUUACCACAAUCCAUUAUCAAGAAGAUUGAGCAAUUAUGCUCUAGAUUUUUCUGGAAAGGAUCAGACACUUCCGCUGUCGGUGCAAGGGUGAGUUGGGUGAAAAUUUGCAAACCGAAAUCAGAAGGAGGCUUGGGAUUAAAGGAUAUCAAGUCCUGGAACAACGCCUGCCUAAUUUUUCUGAUCAGGAAAUUACUAGUGAGGGAGGGUUCUCUAUGGAUAGCAUGGCUUCAUAACUACAUAAUUAGGCAGCAUGAUUUUUGGACCAUGGAAGAACCACAAACUGCUAGCUGGAGUUUCAAGCAAAUGGUGAAGCUCAGAAAUGUCUCUCAAAUAGUGCGUGUAACACACUAA